CAGUUUAAACUCCACUCGAUCGAACGAAAACCCCUUUUAACAAAAAUACGCAACAGUUGAAAACAACAAAAUGAAACAUUGCCCCACCAGUAACACUGCUUGCUGCGAAUUAGCAGAAUUAAAGUGACCCCCGCUCUUUCGAAGCGAAAACAAAGUGAACCAAACCAACCCAACAAAACAACCCCCCGCUCACACAUACCAACUUCACAUUAAGUAUGAUAACUGGGAACGGUAUCAUAUUUUUAGGUACAGGUUCCUCAUCGUCCACGCCCAAACUAUCGCACAUUUUCAAAAACGCCAAAAUUUUGUCAAAGAGAAAUAAGGGGGAACCCCAGAGCUCGGAACUGAGGCAGGAAGACAUUGAACAGAUAAACAAAUUUGUAGACGAGUUAGUUGAACAUGAUAUAGAAUGUAUUGAUCAGCUGAACGAUCUGUAUCUAAGAAAAAGGUACCCGGAUUGCGAUGGUUUAAAAUGUUACACUUGUUACGAUGCACUGAAUGGUGACUCCAAGAAUAAAAGAAAUAACAUCUCCGUGUUGGUGAAGUCAAAUGAAUCGUAUGUCUUAAUUGACGUCGGGAAGACGUUCAGGGACAGCCUGUUGCGGAACAAGGACAAAAUUAACUUCUACGAAAUCAAGCUAGACUCGGUACUGAUAAGCCACAGCCACACGGACGCGCUGAACGGAAUAGAUGACCUGAGAGACUUACAAGAGUACAACAAAAUAGCCAAUGGGGACAGUUACUACUACACCCCGAAGAACCCAAUAGACAUUUACGUGAAUGCAGUUUCAUAUGAACGGCUGCGAAAUGGAUAUGAGUACCUGGUGAAGAAGAGGAAGGAAAAUAUUUUCGCUUCCAAAAUAGCAGCACUUAACCUGUUAGUUAUCAAGGAUGAAAAGUAUAACAAAUUAAUCCUCGAAGAAGAAACGGCUAGUCAGAUAAAGGAUGGGACAGUUGUGAUGCCAAAGCAGGACAAUGAAGGUACCACAAAUAGUGCACAGAAGAACGAAACAGAUGGUGGGAACAAAAUAAAAACGAAUGGGAUAAACGACGAAAAGGACAAUGAUGACGAUUCGGAUGAUGAGACCUGUGUAAACAUACAUACGUACAAGAAAAAAGACGAACACGGUUAUGUAUACACCCAAUUUGACAAAAACAAACGCAUCAGAUUUAUUCCGUUCCAACAUGGACGUAACUACGUAUGUGUUGGAUAUAUCAUAGGAGAGAAUGAAAAGUUGGUUUACAUUUCCGACUGUUCCUAUAUACCACCCAAUGUAUUGGAGUAUAUAAAGAAGAUAGGAUCCACGGAAGUGUUAAUCAUAGACGCCCUUUAUUAUAAGGCAAAACAUUAUUCACAUUUUUCCUUACACGAAAGUAUAAAAAUUGCUCUGCUUAUUAAGCCGAAAAAAGUGUACUUUAUUGGAAUGUCCUGCGAUAUAGAACAUUAUAUCACUAACUUAUUUUUGAAGAAAUUAUCGAAUAAAUAUCCGGAUAUUUCCUUCUCCCUGGCGCAUGACGGUUUGUUUGUGCCGAUCAACUUUUAG